AUGUCGACCGCGACUUGUGUAUUCGAGGACCGUUUUGUGGUACGGUCAAUCGACAAUUCAAAAUUUGAACGUGUAUCUCGUAUAUCCGCAAAGAGUACGGGUUUUGAUGCCGAGCUACUACUAGAUAUCAACAGUGAUAUUUUUCCUGUUGGUGUAAAAUCUCUAUUGCACAUACUCAUUACGAACAACCUUCUUCCCAGUGGUAUGGACGUCAACUUGAGCGACUAUAACGAAUUGCCAUCACUUAUGCGAGACUAUGAAUACGCUAUGUAUGGUAAAAUCUUUAAGUUUGAAGAUGUAUCUUCGGAGACUAGGACGAUAUAUGCGUCAUUCGGCGGACUUUUAAUGUCACUAACCGCUGACAAACAAGUUAUCGCUGACCUAGACCUCGACAUGCGUAUAUACCUAAUGGCACGUAGGAUUACUGCAGCACGCUAA